AAUCACCCUGUCCCCAUUACAAGUCUCUCGCUCUUUUCUUCUCGCCAGAUGCCCUCAUCCUCAGGCCAGCCUGGUCAGGGAAAGAAGAUUGGCCACAGAGGGGUGGAUGCAUCGGGGGAAACUACCUACAAGAAGACCACAUCCUCAGCCUUGAAAGGUGCCAUCCAGCUGGGCAUCGGGUACACAGUGGGCAACCUGAGCUCCAAGCCUGAGAGAGAUGUGUUGAUGCAGGACUUCUACGUGGUGGAGAGCAUCUUUUUCCCCAGUGAAGGAAGCAACCUCACUCCAGCCCACCAUUUCCCAGACUUCCGCUUUAAAACAUACGCUCCCGUGGCCUUCCGCUACUUCAGAGAACUGUUUGGCAUCAGGCCAGAUGACUACCUGUACUCCCUCUGUAAUGAGCCUCUGAUCGAGCUGUCCAAUCCUGGAGCGAGCGGCUCGGUCUUCUAUCUCACGAGGGACGACGAGUUCAUCAUCAAGACUGUGAUGCACAAGGAGGCUGAAUUCUUACAGAAACUACUGCCUGGAUACUACAUGAACUUGAAUCAGAACCCUCGCACUUUGCUGCCCAAGUUUUUCGGCCUCUACUGUGUCCAGUCGGGCGGUAAGAACAUCCGCGUGGUGGUGAUGAAUAACGUCCUUCCCCGCGUAGUUCGCAUGCACCUCAAAUACGACCUGAAGGGCUCCACCUACAAGAGGCGAGCAUCCAAGAAGGAAAGAGAGAAGGCCAGGCCCACUUUCAAGGACCUGGACUUCAUGCAAGACCUGCAGGACGGACUGAUGCUGGACCAGGACACAUACAACGCGCUGGUCAAGACCCUACAGAGAGACUGCCUGGUGCUGGAAAGCUUUAAGAUCAUGGACUACAGUCUGCUGCUCGGAGUUCACAACAUGGACCAGGCGGAGAGGGAGAGGCAGAUGGAAGGCUCCCAGAGCGAAAGCGAUGAGAAGAGGCCCGUGGCCCAGCAGAAGGCCCUGUACUCCACCGCCAUGGAGUCCAUCCAGGGAGGAGCGGCCUGCGGGGGGUCCAUCGACACUGACGACACGAUGGGCGGUAUCCCAGCUGUGAAUGGAAGAGGGGAAAGACUUCUUCUCUACGUUGGAAUUAUCGACAUCUUGCAAUCCUACAGGCUAAUCAAGAAGCUGGAGCACACAUGGAAGGCUCUGGUUCAUGACGGGGACACGGUAUCAGUCCACCGGCCAGGCUUCUACGCCGACAGGUUCUUCAAGUUCAUGAGCAGCACAGUUUUCAAGAAGAGCUCCUCUCUGAAGUCAUCGCCAUCCAAGAAGGGCCGUGUGUCGUUGUCAGUGCCUAAGUUUGCUGGUCCUGGUGCAGCCUGGUCAGCUAGCCAGCUCCCCUCGGAGCGAGACGAGAACAUCUACGACCUGAGAGGAGCUCGCAGCUUCCCAACGCUGGAGGAUGAGGGGCGACCAGAUCUGCUUUCAUGUACUCCUCCGUCGUUUGAAGAGGCCACCACUGCGUCAAUUGCCACCACCCUCUCCUCCACCACCUCUCUGUCCAUCCCCGAAAGAUCCCCCUCUGACACAGCAGAGAACCCCCGCUACAGGAGGCACACCCAGUCCCUCACCCAUGACGGGAGGACCCAGGAGGAGCUGCGGGUGCGUGAGGAGGAUCAGCAGACCAUCACAGUGGAGGUGGAGUUGAAGAGACACGACAGUGAGCCCACCCUUUCCGUUCCACAGCCUUCACCUGAAACCAGUGAGGUCGAGGAAGGAGCCGGCGCAGAGGCUGCUGAUGCUGCUGCAGCAGCACCACCCUCCAGCUCUUCACCAGCACCUGAGGCAGCCUCCUCCUCCUCCUCGUCUGCCCCGGCUGCUCCGUCUUGUUCAGGGGCGGCCAGUGAAGCCCCGUCCAGUCCCAAGGUAGUGAUGGAGGCCGACAGGGCCAGCCAGAUGUCCGGUUCAGGGUGCACCAGCCAGGCUUCUGUCGAUGAUGAAGAUGACGUGCCAAUCACAGAUAUCUACUUUUUUCCUGAUGGGAGGACCUGGGUGGUUUCUCCUUUCCGACAGAGGAGGAAAUGCCAGUCCAGUUUACCACCUCAAGACGACAGGACCUGGGUGUACUCUCCGCUACACUAUGGCUCAGAGUCUAAGGCCCUGCCAGAUGGGGAUUGGGAAAGAGAGACAUAAGCCCUGUUCUCUGGCAGAGAGGAGCGAACGUCUCAUUGGAGAGGACUCAUCGGUCUGAAGUCCAGACCUCAGCGGUAGCAGCAGGAUCUCUGUCUGAACCAGGAUUUUAAACAUGCAUACAGAAACCGAACACACUAAGGGGGAAAGUGACUUGCGUACCAGAAAGUGGGGGAAAAUCCUGACAGUGGUGAACAUCACUGAUUUCCAACCAACCCUGCCUUUCACCCUUGACAAAUGACAAAUAAUAUAAAUUCAAUAAUAAUGUGUAUGUGUGACAUACAGUAGUGCGUGUACGGCUGUAGUCUUAUAUGUUUGACAUACAAGAAAGGCCAUAGUAACUUACUGUGCCUAUGAGAAGUAUUCACCCCACUUGGAAGUUUUCAUGGCCACAUUAAAUCCUCUUCAAUUCAAUGUCAUAAAACAAUAAAUCAUGCUAACUUCCAAGUGGGGUGAAUACUUUUUUUUAAUAGGCAUUGAUACAAGAUGUUCUAGUUCACACAGGCACAGCGCUCCACAGGCUCUACAGGCUUGGUCGCUCACUGCCGCUCACCUGGAAAGCAGUUUAAACAUCUGAAAGACAUUUUGACAACACAAAAAGAUAGAUGAUAACUUUCAUGAUAUCUGGUGACCUUUGGGUCCAGAUUGGCCUCGUCUCUCGCACUGCUGCUGCUCGUCCUGCUCAGGUCUCCUUGCUGCCUGUGACGUCCAUCUGAGAGUUUAGGACAUGCGGCCACAUGUAGGCAGCAGUGUGCUGAGUAAGGAGUGAGUGUUGGGGCCUGUGGUGUUGGAGGGCUCUGCUUGUGCUCGUAGAACUGGAGUUACACCGAUAACCAUCGUUUGGUCAAAAGAAGCUUUUCUUCUUUCACUACAUGUCCCUUCUAUUUAUUUGUCCGUUUGUAUUUUAUUCCAAACUUAGUGUUUUCUGUUACUUUUGUAAUUUUUUUUAUUUGCAUCCAAAGAAUGUUCUCUUUUUGUUUUCUAUACUCCCAUCUCUGCAGCUUUUUAUUUUCCCAGUUGUAAACUUUAAACUACUUUUUUCACUACAUCUCCUGUGUGGAAACGGCUGAGGCUUGUAACUCCUGCCUUCAUAACAGAAGGCUUUAGUUGCAACACUAAGGCAACAGACAUUGUCAAUCAUUAUAGUAACCUUCACAUCAUUGCAAUGUCUUCCAGUGUUGCCCUAUUUUUGGACAGAUGCACACAAAUCACAAUAUAAAUUCAUAUUUUAUUUUAAGUGGAAAAAUAAUGAGCAUAUCAGUGACUGUUGCUAUAUCUGGUCGCCCUCACCCCAUGACAAGAAAUCCAUUGACUGGACAUUUCAAGUGUUUGUAGAUGUAGAGCAUCAGAUGUAGUAUUUGCAGUUGAUAUUGUACCUGUAUUCUGUAUAUUUGGAUGAACACACAGUGUUGACUUGGUGAGACACAGCAGUUUGUUAAUGGGUUGAAUGUUGUUUGCACUUAUUAAGAGGACCUGAAAAUGAACUAGUGAUAGAGGCCAAAUAAACAUAAAUUAGGUUUUCUUUGUUUCCGCUCACACGGGCUGAUAUUAUGGCAGCAUUUCUUUUAGGAUUAUUGUGUGUGGGUGUGGGUGUGGGUGAAGUCAAUCAGUCAUUGUUAGUGUUUACUGUAGUCUCUCUGUGGCUGACAUCUUAUGACUCUCAAGUAAGACAUGUUAAAGUUCAACAAACUGAUUUUUUAAAAUCUAACUUACAGAAACCGUAUCUUCAGUUGGUUGGUACGUUUCUGAGUGUGUUAGUGUGUAACGGAGGAAACGUCAAUGUCAGACAUUGUGAAAUAGAAAUCAAUUUGUUCCCAUGACGUGCAGUGGCCAAUUGUAAUCAGUUUGCUGUUGUUCAUCAGAUGGAGACCAUAGCAGCAAUAUGUUGUACAGUCUAGCUUUUAAGUUUAUUUUUAUUGCCUUAUUGAGAAAUCUUACAUGUAGGCCUAUCGUUUAUAUUUUUUUUCACUUGUGCUGUUGUAUCUAUUUUUCUUUCUCAUAGUUGUGCUCCUGAGAAUGUGUACAUACAAUUAUAAAUACAUAUAUAAAGAUAUACAAAUAUAUUUUCCAUUUGAAUCGGAGAAUAUUAUUUUUAUUUGGUUUUAUUUUUGCUGCUGGGCAAGAAAUGAUUGCAAUCUUCAUAAUUUACUGUACCGUUGUCUUCAGUGUGUUUAUUGAGAUGCAGCUGCUGUAUAUUUAUGGUCUAAACCACAGCUGUGUCUUCAUAAGAUAUCCAACAUUGAACGAUUUGUGGGUUUUACUGUACAUGCAAAUCAAUAGGAAUUCUUCCAACUGUUUCAGCUGUUUUGUGUAUGUGUUUUCAAAUCGCUGUGUGCCCUCAUCCAAUAGGGAGAGUCCUUGACAGAGACAUAGCAUGAUUUCAAAAUGAAUAUGCAUAUCAGAAAUGUGUAUUUAUGUAUAUCUGUGUAUAUUCAUCUAUUUAUACAUGAGGAUAAAUAGAUGGCUGUAUGUGUGUGCGUGUUUGGACUCAAUCAGAAUGAAUACAAAAUAAAGCAGUUCUAUGAAUUGUUCAUGGAGAUAAUGUCA